AGUACCUGUACAGGUGAGCAGCCGCAUCAUGCCCAAGUCCUGCGAGCAGCUCGACGACCCGGACUGUUUGUGCUCCUUUGGCAUGAAGUUGACCUGGGACAUCAACGACCCCCGACUCCCUCAGGAGGUCAAGCAGUUCGACGCCUUCCAGGAGUGGACGGAUGGCUACGUGCGCUACAUCUACGGCGCCGAGGACAAGAACGCGCAGCGCCACCUGAGCGGAUGGGCGAUGCGCAACACCAACAACCACAACUGCCACAUCCUCAAGAAGUCCUGCCUGGGGGUGGUGGUGUGCGCGCGCGCGUGCUCGCUGCCCGACGGCUCCAAGCUGCGACUCCGGCCGGCCAUCUGCGACAAGGCGCGCCACAAACAGCAGAAGAAACUUUGUCCCAACUGUAACUCGGCACUGGAGCUGGUGUCGUGUCGAGGUCACAGCGGGUAUCCAGUCACCAAUUUUUGGAGAGUGGAUGGCAAAGCUAUAUUUUUUCAGGCUAAAGGAGUCCAUGACCACCCAAGACCAGAGAGCAAGUCUGAGACAGAAGCCAGGAGAAGUGCGGUGAAGAGAAGGAUGGCCUCUCCACAUUUCUCCCAGAAGAGGAGACUCAUGGAGUCCGAGACUGGCAGAUACCAUGACCCCGGGGGGCCGUUUCCCAGCCUGCACCACAUGUCCUGCAUGGACGGGCCGGACAGGUUCAGCAUCAUUGCCGAGUCCAACUUCCCCAUCCAGGCACCGCACUACCCCGCCUUCCAGAACCCGGAGCCCUACAAGUUUACCUUCGAUGCGGCCCCCGUCACCGAAGAGGCUCCCUCGACGCUGCCGAAAUCCUCCAACCAUCGGCUGUACGUGGCGCGGCCGACCUGCGGCUACGACUUCGCCAUGACCGGCUACCUGAGUUCGGGCUCCUAUGCGGCACUGUACAAAGACCCUGGCGCCCCGUUGUCCGAGGCAGAUCCCAGUAAGGCAUGCGUGGGCCUGGGGGGGCCGCAGCACACCACCGGUCCACUGGGAGUCCAUGACCGCGGUUACGAUGCUGCCGGGAAGCACCACAGCUGGAAGCAGAUUGUGGGCAAAGCGGCGUAUGGGGAGCGGGCCGAUUACGGACAGAUCGGCACCAACGGCGGUCAUCGCUACUACAACGGCGAGUACCCCUGCCGCUACACGGGCCCCGCUGCCACCCCCGCACCACUACAGACCAUAAUUACCACGACCACGAAGGUGUCGUACCAGCCCUGCAAGCCCUCUGUGGUGAAAUACAGCGAGAACGUCUACGACAUGAAGAGCCUUCCCAGCUGCAACGCCUUGUUGGAGGGCAGCUCCCCCGCUUCCUGUUCCGACUUAAAGAUUCCAGAAGAUUCUGGAGUUAUCAAGUCAGCUUUGGCAUAUCAGCAGGAGACAGUCCCUCCCAAAAUGGAAAGAACAGAGAGCCUGGACAGCUAUCGAUAUGGCAGCUACCCGUCGAGUAACUACGCGGAGCGAAUAUCGCACCCGUAUAGAUACGACGGUGCAGAGUUCUGACUCUGUGUGUGUGUGUGUGUGUGUGUGUGUGUGUGCGCGUGUGUGUGUUGCUGUGUCUAACGAGAGGCUCAAUGGUCCAGAUGGGCAUAGAAUUUUCAAAUUGUUCUGUAAUAAAGACCCCUUUUGAGCCAUAUUGCUUCUUAAUAUGUGCAAAGUGUCUGGGCACAUCUUUGGAUUCUCUGUCAUUGUAGAUGUUUCACCUUAUAUACAUUCAACUUAUUAAACCCCCUUAGCAAGUACUAUAAUUUCACUGUGUUCAUCAAGUAAUAAUACUUUGGAAUAAAUGUGCAUUGCUGUUUCUACACUGGAACUUAGUGUUAGCACAUCUUUGUAAAAAAGCAUUUCAUCUUUGUGCCGUUUGUUCAGAAGUCUCGUAGCAAUAAUUACCGUAUUUACUGGAAUAUAACUCGCACCACCCACCC